GUCCCAAGGGUACAUACAAGACAAAGGAAGGAAAGUGCUGCAAGACUGGCGAAGUAUUUUCAAAUGGAAGAUGCUGCCCCAAGGGCCAAGUGGCUUCUGGUAAUAAAUGCUGUCCUCUAGGGACUACAAUGAUCGAAGGGAAAUGCUGCAAACCAGGACAGGUUGUCAAGGAUGGAAAGUGCGGUCCGUCGACUCCCUCUAACGUUGGUUCCACUCCCGGUCCUACAGAAACACCAAGGAAAACAACCACCAAGAUACCUGGUUGUCCAAAGGGUCUUUACAAGAUUGGCGGGACCUGUUGUCCACAAGGAAUGGUGCCAGUAAAAGGAGGGUGUUGCCUACCAGCUCAUUUCAAGGCCUCGGCUACAAAAUGCUGCCCAGAUGGAACCAAGCUGAUUGAAGGCCAAUGCUGUCCGCCUGGUAUGAAGGUAUCUGGAGGAAAAUGUUCACAACCACCGAUACCAGCGCCUACAGUGACAGCAGCACCAACACCCAUAACCACUCCGAGUCAGCCUGAAUGUCCUACGGGACAGUACAAAAUUGGCAAUACCUGCUGUCCAAAGGGACAGGUACUCAAUCAAGGAAAGUGCUGCCCUCCAGAUCACUUCGUUGCCUCUAGUACAAAGUGCUGCCCAAAGGGAACCAAGUUCAUGAGUGGAAAAUGCUGCCCGCAAGGCCAAAAAGUAUCUGGCGGAAAAUGUGUCACACCACCAGACCGCGUAACAACAGUGAAACCAACAAUACCGUCAAACGAAUGUCCACCUGGCCAUAAGAAGGCACCUGGUACUACCACCUGCUGCAAGAUAGGCACAGUGUUCAGCAAUGGAAGAUGUUGCCCAAAAGGCUAUAUCGCGAGUGGCAACAAAUGCUGUCCAACGGGAAUGAUACUUGUCCAAGGGAAAUGCUGCAAGAAGGGACAGGUUGUCUCCGGUGGGAAGUGCACUGUGCCUCCGACGCCAGCGCCUCCCCCGGUAACAACUACAAAAAAAGUGGAACCACCAAACGAAUGCCCAAAGGGCACACAAAAGUCAAAUGGACAGUGCUGCCCACGAGGUUUUAUUGGUGCAGGAAGCAAGUGCUGUCCAAAAGGGAAGAUCCUGGUUCAGGGAAAAUGUUGUUCGCCAGGUCAAGUCGUGUCGAGUGGGAAGUGUUCAGCACCACCUACACCAGCACCUGAAGUGCCAAAGACUACCAAUCCAGCGCGAAGGACUACUCCGCCUAGAGGAGGAGGAGUAACAACUCGGCCAGCCUGUCCCAGUGGUCCAGGUGGUCCAAUUAAUGGCGGUAAACGCACCGUGCGUCUUGACCUGAUAUUUAUCCUGGACACAUCAUCAUCAAACGGACAAUCCGGCUUUGGCCGGUCCCGCCAGUAUAUCUUGAUGCUCUUACGUUUGUUUAUCCUGGGACCCUCCGGCCUCAGACUUAAGGUCAUCUACUACACCAAGCACGUGCAUGUGUUGACCUUCGACGUGGAGACCAAGGUUAAAAUGUACAUGAACGAGGUCAUGUCUAUACCGUAUAUGGGAGGAAGGAUUGACAUCUUAAAGAUCUUUCUGAAGGUCAAGGUUGAAUUCACUACAUUCUUUAGGAAGGACAUAAAGAGGUUUCUAUUCUUGUGUGGAGGAUUCAAGGUGGAGAAGUCCCAACAGAGCCAGCUGACAAUCAUAAUCAAGACUGAACUCAUCCUCAAGUUCAAGAUUCAGGUGCACUACUUUGCCGUGGGAGUGACUGCAAAGACUGAUAUGGUGUUCUGGAAGACCGUCAUCAGUGUCAAGCACGUGGUUACCUUCAUCAAGAUUGAGUUGUCGUGGGUCAUACAUUGGUUUGUGACCCAUUCCCUCAAGAUCACCGGAGGCGCGGCAGGAGUUGGUAAGAUAAAAAGACAACACAACCAUGAAGCUCCUGUCCUAUCUGCUUCAUGGUUCCUUGCAGCGCCGUAUGCUUGUACGGUGCUGCUUCUCACCGACUGUAUCGAAAAUUCUGCGUAUCUCGCGAGUGUAUCGAAAAUACUGCGUAAACGCGUAAUAAACAACCGCGUGAUUUUUCGCGUAGGAUUUCGGAAGGCUUGGCGAAGAAGAUGACCCACCAAUAUCGCAAGGAAUUACAAAUGUAGGUGAGUUGUAGCCCAAUUGAGAUUUGUAACUACGACUGAGAUGUGAUUAAGAUAUGAUUUUUUUCAGAUCAUUUGGUUACCAGUCUGCAUCUAAUUUGAAGUGUUUGUAAUACUUUUUGUUCCAGACCCAUUGAUCCUAAAAACCGAACAGCAGUUUCCUUGAGUGAAAUACAGGACAGAACUUAUUAUACGUUAAGGAGAUUGUAUAGGAUUCAAGUUUCGUUACCAAAAUCGAACACGUUAUACAUGGGGUUCUCUAUUGAGAAGGAUUUUGACAUGGUAUUCGGACAUUAG